GCUGUGAGAGUGACUUCUGGGGCCCCCACUGCAGUAACCGCUGUCAAUGCCGAAACGGUGCCAAAUGUAACCCGAUCACCGGAGCCUGCGUGUGCACCGACGGCUACCAGGGUUGGCGCUGCGAGGAGACUUGUGACUCCGACUUCUACGGCAAAGACUGCAUGCUGGAGUGUCAUUGUCUCAACGGCGCCACCUGCCACCAUCAGACCGGAGAGUGCCUCUGUGCACCGGGAUACACGGGGGCCUUCUGUGAGGAGCCGUGUCCUCCAGGUAAACACGGCUCUCUGUGUGAGCAGCGUUGCCCCUGUCAGAACGGAGGAACGUGCCACCACGUCACGGGGGAAUGCUCCUGCCCCGCCGGCUGGGUGGGUCCCGUCUGUGCUCAGCCGUGUUCGUUCGGAUCGUUUGGGAUUAAUUGUUCUGAGGAAUGCAUCUGUCGUAACGGAGGCCUGUGUGAUCACAUCAGCGGUCAGUGUCAGUGCACCGCCGGAUACAUCGGAGAAAGAUGCCAGGAUGAGUGUCCGGUCGGCACUUACGGACCGCAGUGCGCUCAUAAGUGCGACUGCCAGAACGGGGCCAAGUGUUACCACAUCAACGGAGCCUGUCUGUGCAACGAGGGCUUCAAGGGUCCGAGCUGCCAGGACCGCUUCUGUCCCGCCGGCCUGUACGGACUCAUCUGUGACAAAUACUGCCCCUGCAAGGAAGCAAACACACUCAGCUGUCACCCUUUGUCUGGAGAGUGCACCUGUGCAGCGGGAUGGACGGGGCUUUACUGCAACGAGACCUGUCCAGCAGGUUACUACGGCGAGGGCUGCAGAGAGCUGUGUGCUUGUACCAACGGAGCCGACUGUGACGGCAUCACCGGAGCUUGUGUGUGUGCACCGGGAUACAUC